UUUUCAGAAAACACGGGUUUUCACCGAUGCAGGCUAAUGAUCAAGGACAAAAACCUGUAGGAGGAAGGGGACGUCCCCAGCAACAUCAGAAUCCACAGAUUUUUGAGAAUCCAGUCACACAUGAAAGGAUUGAUUCUCUUAUUUAUGGAUAUCUCAGAAGAAAUGGGAUGAACCAAGCAGCUGAUGCGAUGGAACAGGAGUCCCCAUUUCUCGGCGAAUCUCUUUCUCGAUUCGAUCACAAUAAUAGGCCGAUUGUAGUGUUGAAUGAUCGAUUGCAUGAUCAUACUCUGGAGGAUAUUAUCACAAUUUUUAAUAGAGACGGACGUUUUGGUGUGAAUAAAAGCAUGGUCGAAUUUGGAGAGGAUCUACGCAGACUCACCAACCGAUUUAUAACUAUUACGUCGACUCCUGCAAGUUCUGGCAGAAGUACAUCCCAUCAGCAGUUAUAUGGAAGAUCGGCAUAUUCGCGACAUAAACAAUCCCAACAAUACUCGACAAUUCGCGCCCCACAGGCUAUUGCGCAUAUGGAGUUGCAACGUGUUAAUCAGAAUGCGGAUGCCCGAUAUAGAGAAGAGCAACAAUUUUUGCCUAGAGUUAAUGUUUUGUCUGUUGCUCCUGCUCCAACAUCUAGUGUACCUGUCAUCCAUCAACAACUUCAUCAAGCAUCACCAGCAAUCCAGAAAGAUAACGUACCAGAUGAGCCAGUCAAUUCCCAAGGGUCACAAAUAACCUCUGGAGAUUUGCAACAUCAGUUUGAGGAGGAUUCACAGAAAACGUCUCGUCGAAAAAUCAAUAAUCCUCAGAAUCUGAAUGCAAAGGUAGAAAAUGCUCUGAAUCCAUUGGUUGGUUACAUCAAUGAACAUGAAGGAAUCGCCGAUAUUGAUUUCAACACCGAGUUCAGCCUAGAGGGCAUUAAUGCAGAAUUUAUUCGUGCUCUCGACUAUGAUCCGGAACGAGAGAUGAUGCAGGAUCAACAGGAUGAUCAACCAUUUAAUGAGUUUUUUGGAGAAGUUUUAGAAAAUAGAGAACCUCACUUGACGAAUGCUUCGAUAAUAGUUCAAGAGGAAGUUGUGGUAGAAACAGAGGAAGGAUUGGUUGAAGAUGGAGAAAUUGAGGCAAGCAAUCGUAUAGUCUAUUCUGGCGUUCCUGAGCCACUGCUCAGCCCAAUACCAAAGGAUCUCUCUUUCCGAAUGCAACCUGGCACAACGCCAGGUAGAGUCGGGCAACCUGUACAACCAAUGAAGCCAGACAAUGCUAUACCGAAAAAAGCAGCACCAGUGCCUUUUGAACCAAAACUAGAAGAUAGAGAACGAAUAAUUAGAAGAUCAGGAGGAAGAUCGCAGUCUAGAAGCUUAAGGUAUGGAAGUUCUCCCCAACAAAGUCGUCCGGUAGAGGAACAGAAACGUCAUCGAGAUACGGAAAAGGAAAGAGAACGAGAUCACGAGAAAAGAACGGAUCGAGACCGAGACCGAGAGAAGCGAAAAGACAAGCAUGAAUCCGAUGUCACUUCUCACCCCACUAUCACACGACACCGUCGCUAUUCCGAGGCACAUCACAGUACAAAUGUUCAGAGCGAUAGAGAAUCUAUAUCAUCCACGUCGUCUCGAUCCAAUGCUCCCGAGAAACGAGAACGAGAUGCGGAGAAGGAGAGAAAAAGAAAAGAUAAAGAGCAUCGGCGGGCAUUAGAAGCUGACAACAACAAAUAUCAUGCAAGAGAAAAGGAAAAACAGAAGCAGCCAUCUUUUCAUCAGAAAUCGAAUGAGCAGCAGACAUCUGAAAUUCCUGUCAUCAUUCGGACAACGCAAGUGGGUGGAAGUGACAAGCCAAAGGAUCCAAGAAAACAACCGAUUGGAUCACCCAGUUCGGCGAAGCGAAAGCAUGAUGAUGUGGCAAGACGUGAAUUCAAAAUCCCCAAAAAGCAUUCAUCCUCGUCAAAACCUGAUAGUCGGUAUGGAAGUAGUUCGCAUCCCAAAGAGUCAUCGGCUAUGCAAUCAAAACCAUACAAAUCAAGUUAUACGAAAUCACAAGCAGAUCAAGAGUUGUGUGACGGAGACGAUCGUAAAGAUUCCACUCAUUUUCUCAAUCCUGUUGGGCACCUUGCGCGGUUAGCUUCAGUAUCAUCACUUCUGGUCAAUUGCGAUACAACGUACCAACAAUUUCAUGAUGAUUUGCAAGAAAAGAUAUCAAAGUCGCGUAGAUCAGCAAAUUUGCCCUCAUUGUCGCCUGCAAACUCGGAAGAGUAUUCCCAUAAUAAUAUUCCAGUGAACAAUCAUCCAAAAGGUCAAUCCUUUGCUCCGAGAAAAGGAGCUUUAUUGAGUGCUAAACCGAAACUGUCACCAACUUCAUCCAGCCACUCAACUGAUCCAGAAAGUAGCUCCUGUGCUAGUUCAGACAAUGAAACUUCAGAUGCUACUUCGCAGAGAAGUGUCGCCCGAUCUCCAGACGCCAAAAAGACUCGUUUAAGUUCACUCGAUCUAUCAAAAGCAGAAAAAAUGUUAGAUAGAAUUCAUGGUCCAAAAUAGAAUUUAUUAUUUCGUUUUCAUAUAAUUAAUCUUAUUUAUUAUUUUCCGGGUAUGUCCACAAGUCAUUCAAAACAUUUUUCCAUUCUAUAAUUCAGCUGUGUUACUUUUUUUAUGUAUAUCCUAUGAUCCUAUAUCAUGUUCCCAUUUUUUUUGUCCGUUCAAUAGGUUCUCCCAACCAUAUCAAUUGUAUUCCUGUAACUUGAGUUUUAGGCAUAUCCCAGCCGAUUACAAAUAUUGUUUUAUGGAAGAGUUAGUCUUGAAACUUAUUUUCCCGCUUUUCGUACCCAUUAGAAUUUCAAUUUUUGGUUUUUCAGUUCGAACCCCUUCUGAUGAAGUUUCAAUCGUCUUAAAA